UACGUCAGUCGGUGGGCUGUGCAGGAAUGUGCGCAAACUUUUCCUCCUUCUCCUUCUCCGUCGUCGUCGUCGUGUGAAAGUUCUCCGAAAGCCAACGGCUCGCUCGACAAGCUCGUCGCGGGAGAGCGGGUGAGUGAGGCCGGGUUGUGGGUGACGCUCGCCGACCUCCACGUCGACCUUGUGUCGCCCUAACCAAGCAAACUUUGGAGACUGCGGAAAAUGGAGGAAAUCAGCAUGGCGGCUCCCUCCGUGUUCUCGAUGGAGACGUUUCCGAUGAUGGACGACGACGUCCGCAGUUCGGCGGCCCCGCAGCUGGUCAUGCUGGCCAACGUGGCGGCCGUGGCGGCCGUGGACGGCGGCGGCGCGUUGGCCGAGGGCAGCGUGGCCGACGACAAAGAGAUGAUGGAGCUAAAGACGGUGGGAUGUGGCUACUCGGACAGCGAGGAUGAGAGCGUCAUCAGGUACGGUUACGACAACCACGACGGCGUCUGCGUAGCCGUCGAUUACUCGGAGGCUCCGGGCCUCGACGCCACGCGACAACAACAGAACGGCGGACGGGAGGACGACGCCGAAUUCUCGCCGCCGACCUCAAGCGGCCCCGCCCCUCCGCCGCCGAUGCGCAAAGACGCGCCUCCGGCGCCCGCCGUGCCCACGGAGGCCGCGAAGAAGAAGAAGCCCUUUCACUGCAAACCGUGCCACUUUCAGGCUCACGACGAGAAAGGGUUCGUAGACCACCUGCGGACGCACGCCGUCAGCAAGAUGGCGGUCGUCAACCGCGUAGAGGGGCGCAGCAGACUGAAGGCCAAAGAGGGAAAGACGGCCCCGGACGGCUCGCCGCGGGCGUGCGACGGUGACGGCGAGGAGGCGGCAACGGCGGCGGCAGGGGACGCCAAAGGCCUGAUCCGAUGCGAGCGCUGCGGAUACAACACCAACCGAUACGACCACUACGUCGCGCACCUAAAACACCACAACAAGGACGGCGAGGACCACAGAGUGUUCAAGUGCACGUUGUGCGCGUACAGCACGGUCAGUCAGUACCACUGGCGCAAGCACCUGCGAAAUCACUUCCCCAGCAAACUGCACACGUGCACUCAGUGCUCCUACUUUUCCGACCGCAAGAGCAACUACAUCCAGCACAUCCGGACGCAUACCGGUGUGCGUCCAUUCCAGUGCCCGUACUGCGACUACUCCAGCUCCCAGAAGACGCACCUGACCAGACAUAUGCGGACACACUCUGGUGAGCGGCCUUUCAAGUGUGAGAGCUGCAACUACCUGGCAGCCAAUCAGCACGAGGUGACCCGUCACGCCCGCCAGGUCCACAACGGUCCCAAACCGCUGGCGUGCCCCUACUGCGAGUACAAGACGGCCGACCGCAGCAACUUCAAGAAGCACGUAGAGCUCCACCUCAACCCUCGCCAGUUCCUCUGCCCGUUGUGCAAGUACGCCGCUUCCAAGAAGUGCAACCUGCAAUACCACAUCAAAUCGCGACACUCCGGCUGCAACGUCACCGUGGACGUCUCCAAGGUCAAACUGAGGGUGAAAAAACCAGAGGAGCCUUCCAAAACAAAUCUGUCCGGCGUGGAGGAGGACUUUGACGGCGAGGAGGCGGACGAGGAGCCGGUUCCUCGUGACAAACCGUCCGGUCCCAUCAAGGAGCCGGUUCCUCGUGACAAACCGUCCGGUCCCAUCAAUCUGUCCGUCAGAAAGAGCGGAAAACCAGCGCAGAGUGAAGAUGAGCCGGAGGAGAUUCCCAGGAAAUGCAAUGGCUCUGCAGUGAAAGCGGAGCAGGAGAAAACAAUCACGACAAGACAAAAGAAGUCGAAGGAAAACCCGGAAGAGACGGCGAGCGUCGUAAAGGCCAAGAGAAGAGUCAAGAAGACGACGACCGACAAACCGUGUGAGCCGGAAGCGACAAAGGACGAGCGGGAGAAGUCGGAAGCGGAAGGAACGGCGGGCCAGCAAGAUGGAAAUGAGAGGGGCAAGCCGAGGAGGUCCGGCGGCAAGAAGUACGAACAAGGAGAACCUGCUCAGAGCCUCGUCACUCCGCAAGGUCUUCAGAAGGACGGCAAAGAAAAGUCCAAAAAGAGGAAAGCGGUAGAAGCGCUCAACUUUUCGUGCGCGCCCGCCUCCGAGGCCCGGCGGCUCCGAACCGGCAACAAGUCGCAUCCCGCUUCAAAGUACAACCGCAGCGCCCGUGCGCCGCCCUCGUCCGGCUUGCCCGCCAAAAGGGCCAGGAGGUCCACCAGAAAGUCUUUGGCACAUCGGCCGGAAGGCCAGUCCGGCGUUCCAGAUGCGCCAGAAAGCUCCGCCCGCCCGGUCGAGUCGACCCCGCCUACGAUGGAGCCCAUCGACGGGCCAGAAGAAGGUCGCGCCGACACGCCUGCCGACGCAACCCCUGCACCGCCCACUCCGGCGUCUCCGGCUAAACCCUCGUCCCUGCCGCCAGAGCAUCGCGGCAAAGCAUUCGACCCCGAGGACGACGAGGGCGUCCACAGCAGCCACGAAGGCGGCGGCGACAGCGGCAACGUAAGCGACAACAGCGACGGUGCCUCCGAAGGCAGCGACGACUCGGGCCUCAACGGAAACGGCGCGGAAAAAACGUCCGACGACCCGGAGACGCCCGGCCGUGAAAUUCCCACACCGACCGAGCUCAAAAGUCACGUGUGCAUCUUCUGCGAUCGGCAUUUCCCCAUGGAGGCCGAAUACCGCCGCCACCUCAAUCGCCAUCUUGUCAACGUGUACUACAUGGGCGCGGCGCCGGCGAGCAACUGACGGCGAGCCGUCGCGCCCUUGCCGAACACCGAGCCAUCCUCGCAAACUGGCCUCUCCGUCAUGACUGCUGCUUUUCAUUGAAGCCAAAGCACAAAAACCCGUGUGACAAUUGUGGCAGCGGGCGGGGCCGCUAUUCGCGCGUCGAUGCGGCAGAUGACAUCACCGACGUCAAGAGGCAAUCGGCUCAAGAAAAAUUUCUCUGCAGCGUUUGACAAUCUUUUUCUUGAUCACAUUGAGCCCAUGAAACAUUUGACCUUGUUGUGCAAUUUUUACAUUUGGUUUUAUUUUUCAACUUCAUCCGCUUGAUUAACGUUAGGUUGCUUCUGAAGGUUCAAUUCUCAUGAAAUCCAACAGCUUUGAAUACAUUGUUUAAUAUAAAUGUAUAUUAUAUAUUACGGCUGUAACAAGUCACUAGUCGAUACGGCAUCGCGAUUUCUGACCCACGGUUCGAGACACACUUUUUUUUGGGUGGAGGUAAAAAAAAUAAAAAGAGAUUGUAAUAAAAAAAAUGGACUAUUUAUUUAGGACAAUUAUACAUGAUUGUAAAGAAAAAAAUAUUCUAAGACUCCGUCCGGUCUGUGCUGCAAACCAGAAAUAAUCAAAUGAGAAAAACUUUUCUCCAACAAAAUAGCUCCUGUUUCAAAUAUAAAAACUAAAUGACACCGUGCGGCAUGGCGGAUGACCGGUCAAGCACAUCUGCCUCACCGUUCGGAGGACCCGGGUUCAAGUCCGGCCUCGCCUGUGUGGAGUUUGCAUGUUCUCCCCAUGACUGCGUGGCUUUUCUUCGGGUACUCCGGUUUCUUGCCACAUCCCAAAAACCUGCAUGAUAUGUUGAGUGAAGACUAAACUGCCCGUAGGUGUGAAUGAUUGAUUGCCUACGUGUGCCCUGCGAUUGGUUAAGGACCAAUUCAGGGUGUAUCCGGAGUCAGAUAGGAUAGGCUCCAGCAUGCCCGCAAACCUAGUGAGUAUUAGCGGUAAGGAAAAUGGAUGGCUGGAUAAACCACACUGUGGAGUUUAGGAAACAAACAACAACGUAAACAUCGGGUUAACACCGUAGGAGACUUCCUAUCUGUGCUCCAAACCAAAAAGGUAAACAACAUUGUGCACGAAGCACACGGCACGGCAGGUGUUGGGAAAGGCGUGUUAUGGAAUGCGCGCAAUAGUAGCGAGUUGCGAUAAAGUACUGUCGGCGCACAGUCGUACUCACGUUAUUGGACAACAUUGGGGACGAAGCUGGACUUUCGGUGACUUUGUGCCGCCCCCCUCCCUCGCUCGUGAGCAGAUCGGACUGGCCGAGGCUAACGAUGCUCGGCUAACCCGCAACUCGGGCAGCGGGCCCAGCGUAUAUUCCGUACUCUCGAACCCGUGCGGAUGUCCACGGACUGUGUCGCCUUGGUGGCCGGACACUUUGCUGCUCCAUAAACACGCGUUGGUCGUGAAAAGCAAACUGUUUGAAGACCGCGAUUUUCGGUUUCCAUGCGUAAUCGUUACAGCCUUCUUAUAUACGUGUAUCGUGUGUUUGCAAUAUUUUGACAGUCAUGUAACCAAUGUGGUCAAAAUAUUACAAACAGUUGUGUGUGCCUCAUAACAUUCAACAUCAUGAAACUCAUCAAUUUAAAGAUGAAUUAAUGAAACAUUUUAUUUGUAAGCGCCUUCCAAGGACACUGUCCAUUAAACCGAAAAAGAAAAUGGUUGCAAUAACUGCUAUUAUGUUUCAGCUUUUUUUUUUCCUUUUUCUUUCCACAUCAACACUUUAGGAGUUCGACUUUGAUGAAAUAAAUGUUUUCUUGAUUUGACAA